GUCAGCUCGCCGCCCGGCCCCCGCGGAAAGUUUUUCCUGACGGAGUUUUGGUGGCGGCGGCGGCGGCCAGAGCAGCCAUGGACGCGCUCAAGUCCGCCGGGCGGGCGCUGAUCCGGAGCCCCAGCCUCGCCAAGCAGAGCUGGGGGAGCGGUGGCCGGCACCGAAAGCUGCCUGAGAACUGGACAGACACUCGGGAGACACUGCUCGAGGGGAUGCUCUUCAGUCUCAAGUACCUGGGCAUGACGCUGGUGGAGCAGCCCAAGGGCGAGGAGCUGUCGGCUGCUGCCGUCAAGAGGAUUGUGGCCACGGCCAAGGCCAGCGGGAAGAAGCUGCAGAAGGUAACUCUCAAGGUGUCACCACGGGGAAUUAUCCUGACUGACAGCAUCACCAACCAACUCAUUGAGAACGUGUCCAUUUACAGGAUCUCCUACUGCACAGCGGACAAGAUGCACGGCAAAGUGUUCGCAUACAUCGCCCAGAGCCAGCACAACGAGAAUCUCGAGUGCCAUGCCUUCCUCUGCACCAAGCGGAAAAUGGCCCAGGCUGUCACACUCACAGUAGCCCAGGCCUUCAAAGUUGCCUUUGAGUUUUGGCAAGUGUCCAAGGAAGAGAAGGAGAAGAGGGAGAAAGCCAGCCAAGAGGGCGGGGACAUCCUAGGCGGUGGCCGCGUCGACAGCACCCCUUCAUUGAAGAACCUGGUUGUCACUGGGAACCUGCUGGACUUGGAGGAAAUGGCCAAGGCCCCGCUGUCCACAGUCAGCGCCAACACCACGAACGUGGACGAGGCACCGCGGCCCCAGGCCUUGAACAACAGCGGCGUUGUCUGGGAGCUGGAUGACGGCCUGGAUGAAGCAUUUUCAAGGCUCGCCCAAUCUCGGACGAACCCUCAGGUCCUGGACACUGGACUGACAGCACAGGACAUCCAUUACGCCCAGUGCCUCUCGCCUGUCGACUGGGACAAGCCUGAUAGCAGCGGUGCCGAGCAGGACGACCUCUUCAGCUUCUGAGGGCCCAGGGCUGGCGGGACACGUGACCAAAGCCACCUGUGGUUGGGGUGGGGCAGCCCGAGGACCCAAAGCCACCCUUUUCCGGUUGCCAGCAGCCUGCAGAUCAAAGCAGCAGCCAGUCAAGCAAAGGGAAGGAGAGUUUUUUUUUAACCCUGCUUUUUCUCUAAGAACUGAAAGAUGCCUUGAAUAUUUAUUCAGUGACUUCUGGUUCAACUCGGAAGUUGGUUAUGUGUCAGGCACAAGCAGCGUGAUAGCCAGCUUCCUGCCUUCUCGUGAGCGAGCUCUGCUCUGCUGUGCUUGUUAGGAUGGUGACCAAAGCAUUUCUUGUCCCUUCUCUCUAAGGACCCAGAUUUUUCUGGAGGCGGCCCAGCUCCUCGCUGAAGGUAGUCGGAGCAUUCAUUUCUGUCAUCUUUUAAGCACAGGAGGGCACCGCAGCCUCAGGAGAGGACUGCGUCCUCCAGCUUGCCUUCCACAGGGGUCCCGCCGGGCCCGGGCUUGAGCCCCUGCACCCGGGGGCUCUCAGAGACAGGGGCAGCCCCUGACCAAAGACAAAACAUAGCUGGCACUUUAAAGCAUACACAGCAGGGGUGGCCCCCGGGGCUCCUCAAUGGUGCUGCAAUGCAGAGAGCUUGCUUUCUGCCCUUCUUCCAUGAGAAGAGGCCCAAAGUCCCCAUGGAGGGUCCCAUCAGUGCUCAAAGCCAGUCUAACUGGCUGCCCACGGACUCUCAGAAUCUGACUGAGACAGUGGGGAUCAUAUCUGCACAACUGGGGUCCCUCCACUGGGGCCCCCACCCCACCCCUCUCCCCCAAGAGUGAGCUUGUGUUCACUCUUCCGUUUGUCUGUGUCUGUGUGUGAGUGUCCCUGAGCCCCGGCUCCCCUCCUUCCAGGGGGAACGUAUGAGACCUCACACCUGGAUUCAGGUAAGAACAUUUUGUUGCGCUUUUACAGAUGAGAAAACCGAGGCCACCAGUGUGGACAGGGUAACGUCUAGAGUAGAACCCAGACCUGAUGCCAAAGCUGCCUUCUCACCUGUGCCUCACACAGCUCACACCUCCUUUUUCUCUAGCUUUGUUGUCCUCCCAGGAACCUAAAACCCCAGCUAUUUUCUGACCAAAGUGUUUCAUAACAAACCAUCUGGUGCCUUUCCACACAGAACUGGCAUGAGCCUCUGUGUCCUGCUAGCUAUCUCGUUGCUGUUGAUUUCCAUGAAAAUGGAAGUGUUUGAAGUCUGUUAAUUCAGAGGGUGCAACAAAACCAAAUUAAGCAUCACGCUGUUCUUUCCUGACACUCCGACCUGGGUCGGGACACACCAGCAGCAGUCUGUGUUCAGGGCCUCCCUUCCUUCCCCUAAACCCCACAGGGCUCCCCGCAUCCUGAAACCCAGCAAAGCUUCCUGCACCCUCUCCAUCCUGCUGUGCCUCCCAGGCCUGGCUUUGCUAAUCUUAAGUAAGACACUGAUGGUAGUGAAAGCAGGUUACACCAGCCCAGGAAAACAUGCACCAUUUCUGAGAAUCUACUUACCUAACUAAGCAUUUGAACCAAAACACAAAGACAGAAAUGCCUGGAAGGGGUGAGGUGGGAUUUGUAGUCUUUAUCAGAAUACAGGCAUAACUUCCUUUCCCUGCCCAGCCCCUGCACCCCCACUGCCCACCCCAGUCCUUGGUAUUGGCCCCUGCAUUUUUCAUGAGGCAGCGAGGGUUGGGCCUGACACGGCCGCCCUUGGCGCCAGGGUCCAGGAGUCCCAAGAAAGGCCGUGCUAUCUUUCUUUGAGUUGGGCUGUGGCCCUCGUCUCGCUCGGUCUCUGGCUGCCAGCGGUCGGUGUGCUCCUGUGUGUCUGCAGAUAAGUGUUGUGCUUUUCUUUGUGUGGCUGUAAAAGCAUUUCUAAUGAGAAAAACAACAAGUAAUAAACGUUCUCUUUUUGAAAUACAAA